AACAAAAAAACAAAAAAAAAAAAAAGGAAAAAGAAAAAAGACCCAAUUUAGAUAUAACUGGAGACAGGGCACAAGAACACUGAUGACACUUGACUCUUGUGGUAAUCAGUUUUCCCAGUUCCCAACACAAGUGGAAGAAAAAGUGAAGGAUGGGUCGUUAUGGAUAAUUGGAGCAAAAUCCGAGCAAGGAAUAUUUGAACAGGUUUUGAAUAGGGACCUUGACUUUUCAUCUGAUCCAUGGCCUAGUAUCUCUGAGAGUGCAAAAGAUUUAGCAUGGAGAAUGCUUAUUAGAGACCCAAAAAAGCGGCUGACCGCCCAUCAAGCCAUCCAUGGGUUCAGGUUGAUGGUAUAGCUCCUGAUAAGCCUCUUGAUUCUGCAGUUCUAAGUCGCAUGAAGCAAUUCUCUGCUAUGAAAAAGAUCAAGAAAAUGGCCCUCAGAGUGACUCAAGUUGCAUGUUGAAAUUUGUACUUUAUCUACAACUAGUUGAAGGCAAACUUAACCUACAACCCAUUUUUACAAGCAUUUUGCCCUUGAAAAGCGAAUUCAGCAGCAUAAGAAGAAAUGAGUCCCAUUUUUAUUUUCUUUGAUCAAUCUGAAUUUUAUUAGAAAAGGAGUCAGUGAUCUCCACCAUCAUAACCUUGUUUCAUCUUUCAUCUUUUUAGAUCCUGCUUUUAUGGAUCUAAAAGGAAAUAUAUUACAAUAAAUGUUAUUUUGUUAUUGUAUGGAUAUGUCACUGCUAUGUUUCCACAGUGAACAUGUCUGACCGCAUAUUUAUACA